UUAGCGCAUUGGGGACACACCCCGCGCAGGUUGACGGUUGCCCUUGACCCCACGAUCCCCGCACUUGUGCUUCGUCACACCCGACCUGCGUCCAGGUAUACUGGUCACGGGCAUACAAGAUGAAGCUCUUGAACUCAAUGAGGCGCUGCAGUCGAUUUGGAAAACAACAUGUCUUCCGUAACCAUCACUGAGAAGAACCCGGCCUUCGUCCUUCGUGCAAUCAAAGAAGUCGCAUUCGAAGACCGCGAAGUGCCUCAGCUACGCGACGAGCAUGAAGUCCGCGUACAUGUUGCGCAAACAGGAAUAUGCGGCAGCGAUGUACACUACUGGCAGCGUGGCCGCAUCGGCGACUUUGUCCUGACCAGCCCGAUCAUCCUUGGUCAUGAGAGUUCUGGAACGGUCGUGGAGGUUGGCUCAGCCGUCAAAAACCUCCAAGUUGGAGAUCGCGUUGCCAUUGAACCUGGUGUGCCUUGCAGGCGAUGCGACUACUGCCGAUCUGGCUCUUACAACCUUUGCAACGAUACCAUCUUUGCGGCCACGCCACCUUGGGAUGGAACACUUGCAAAGUACUACACUGUUGCCAGUGAUUACUGCUACAAGAUUCCUGACCAUAUGAACAUGGAAGAAGCAGCAAUGGUUGAACCGGUCUCGGUCGCAGUCCAGAUCUGCAAGGUUGCUGAUUUGCGCGCGAACCAGACGGUGGUCGUCUUCGGCGCGGGGCCCAUUGGUGUACUGUCGCAAGCAGUUGCAAAAGCUUCGGGCGCGAAGAAAGUCAUUGCUGUCGACAUCUCCCAGGCAAGACUAGAUUUUGCCAAAGCAUAUGCGGCAGAUGGCGUGUUCUUGCCUUCGAGGGCAAAGGAAGGGGCUGACCCCGUCGCCCAUUCGGAGAGUAUUGCUGCAGCCAUCAAAGAGCAAUUCAAUUUGGGCGAGGGUGCAGAUAUUGUCCUGGAAUGCACAGGUGCCGAACCGUGUAUACAGGCCGGCAUCAACGUGGCGAAGAAGGGUGGCACCUAUGUCCAGGCGGGUAUGGGCAAGGAAAACGUCGUUUUUCCCAUCACGACGGCCUGUAUCCGCGCAUUGACCAUCAAGGGCUCUAUCCGCUACUCGGUUGGCUGCUACCCCAACGCAAUAGACCUGGUGGCCUCAGGUAAGGUGGAUGUGAAGAAGCUCAUCACGAAUAGAUUCAAGUUCGAGGAUGCCGAGAAAGCUUUCGAGCUAGUGAAGGCUGCGCAGGAGGGUGUUUUCAAGGUCAUCAUAGAGGGUGUGCAAUAAAUGUGGACGGGGAUGGAAUCGAAAUGCUGCAUGCCAUAUCUCCACGUUAUGAUGAUGGAAAGUUGAUGUGCCAAUAUCAAAUCGCAACCUUGUCUCUGUCAUACUGCCACAAAACCAUGCGCCGAAAGCAGGUUCAAGUGUGUGGAGCAUUGCUGCGCAACACUUCGGUAUCGGAAUGCGUGGCCACGCGGGACUAGAAUAGCGCCAUGAGCCGAGGGGCUGAUAGAGUUCCGUCCUCACAGCAAAUGCAAGUGGUGCAUGGACAGGCGGAAUGCAAU